AUGCCAAAGGCUCAGUCUGAUCUUAAGACUCGCGCAUCCGUCGUUCGUCGCGCCUGGAACUAUCUCAAGCGCCAUGCAUCGACAAAUCCCGAGGGACCUCACCUCCAACUCGCCGAACAUGCUGCUGCAGUGACAGCUCCGGCGAUUGUUGCUGCCGUGGUGGCUCCGGCUGUUGUUGCCGCUGGCCCACCCGCCACCUCUGACGACGGCGUCUCCGAUUCAGAGUCGGCGACCGACUACCAGGACAGUUCGGACGUGGAGUCAGCGCCCACAUCCGACGGCACUUCCAUCGAUGCACACCUCGAUGCCGACGACGAUUCGAAGGCAGGCGACGAGGAGCCACCCGUCAUUGUACGCGCCGCUACCGACGCAUCUAGCACUUCGCCCACCGCAACCUCUGCAUUUGCGUACGACCAAGAGCCGUCUUACGAAGACGAAGAUGAUACUCCCUCUCUAGGAGAAGACAGUCUCAUUAACGACGAACAUGCUGAGCAUGACGCCGGUCGCGCCGCGCCCGCUGCGGAGGUGGAUGCAUUCCUAGCCACCGUGACACCAAAUGUUGUCACCGCCCCUCCGGCGGAUGCGUCGUUCACGGCUGCUGAAGAUCCUUCGACGGAGCAGCCGUCCUGCGCGCCUAGCGUCACCGCCGAGGGUGCCGCGUCAACCACCGCGCCAGCUGCACCAUUAGCAAGGUCAUCCUCAGUCGCCGCCCCAGCCACUGUCCAAGCUGCACCAAAUGGAGGACCGUCCUCGAUUGCAGGGCCGUCCUCGAUUGCAGGGCCGUCCUCGAUUGCGGGACCAUCCUCAGUUGCCGCGCCCACCACCGCGCCAGCUGUACCGCUUGUAGGUCCAACCUCGAACGGCGGCCGCGCCGCCCGCAAUCCACCUCGUUACAGAGAGGUGACUUACAACGAGCUUGAGGUACGCCGCGCCCGAUUCGUCCGGGCUGAACGGUCCUUCUACGGCGAGAAACAAUUGAAUCGACGGAUUGCGGCACGUGAGGUGGGCUACGUGCCGCAAGAUGGAGAUCACGCACUAUACACCAACGUAGUGCAGCGGACGAGGUUGGUAGAGAUCGACACCGAUGAAGAAACCAACGAAGACGAAGAGGAUGGGGAAGAGCCGGCACCGCCGGCUCAGGCUGUGGAUUUUGUUCAGGGCCAGGAUCAGUCCGAGGAAAAGAAUGCCGACCAGGACCAAGAUCAGCCUGAGGAGCAUAACGCCAGUGCCGGAUCCGAUCGCAGCGCAACUGCAAGUGCAGAUGAAGACCCCGAGAUGGAGGACGCGACGGUCGCGCUCGUUCCCGCCGAACCCGCCGUGGCUCCAGCCCCUCGCAGGACCAAGCGCCGCAGGGCUGACGAGGAUGAGGAUGAGGAACGCGCUGACGAACCCAUCGCCAAGCGUCUUCGGAGCUCUGCUCGCUCCCGUUGA